UGGAGCUUCCAUAGAUUCUUUUCUUUUCUUAACGAGCCAGCCAUUUCUAAGCGAUGGGAAUCGAUUAUGUUCUGGUAAAUAAACAACGCGAGAAAAACGCUUUUUUCAAUGUUAAAAUAAGCUUUUAAAGAUAUAAAAUGAGUCGCAGACGUCGUGCCAUUGGAGAGAGAGCGAGGGAGAUAGAUAGAUAUGGCCGUCUCUUCAUCUCCGUCUUCUGCACUCCAUAACGUGUUUGUAUAUGGCACCCUGCUUGCAGACGAAGUCGUGCAUGUGCUGCUGAAGCGUGUGCCAGACUCUGCUCCUGCUAUCCUCCCCAACUACCAUAGGUAUAGUAUCAAGAAUCGCGUUUAUCCAGCUAUUUUACCUGUUGAUAAGAUAGAGGUAAUUGGAAAGGUCCUUUUUGGGAUUACAGAUCCUGAGCUAUGCAUAUUGGAUGAAUUUGAAGAUUUUGAAUAUGAAAGGAACGUUGUUGAGGUGUCUUUGGUGGAAAGUUCUGAAAUAUUGCAGGCCUAUGCUUAUGUGUGGAGGAACAAAUCAGAUCCAGAUUUAUAUGGAGAUUGGGAUUUAAAGGAGUGGAAGGAAAAACAUAUAGACAAUUAUCUUGUUAUGACCUGUAGUUUUGCAGCUGAACUUGAGGAACCAGAUGCUAGGGUGGCUGCCUAUGAGUGCUCCUUCCAUCAGGGCUCAUGAUUCAUGGAAGUGGUUUAUGAAGUUAGUUUCAACUUCAAAAAGCUUCAUAUUGUUUGAGAAAUUUAAUUUAUCACUCUAAUUUGUAUGUAGUUAUCAUCUUUGAGUGUUUGCUUUUCACAUGCAAAACAUGUCGAGUGGUUGGUUGACACCCUCAAAAACUGGCUAAUUGUGAAAACCUGGUUUACCUGUUUGAAUGACAAGGCAAAAACUACGUUUUCACUUUCUGAAA